AUGGGAACUAGCUGCUAUUAUCUCAACUCGUAACGUAACAGCUUCAGAUUUUCUGAAAAUAUAAACAUCUUUCACUGACAGCUAUCCCCUAAGUUGUUUUAACUUUAUGACAAAUCUAUGGUUACUACAGACCUGGCUCCUGUUACUGUGAAGAUCAGGUACAAUACACAUCACUGCAUUUGUCAGUUAAGGAGAAACAUUUAUAAGAAUAUCUGACAAAUUCAGUUGCUGAACAAGACAAUGUCUGACAAGACCGAGAACCAAACCUCAGACCUUCCUGAUGCACACGGAGGGCAUCUAGAGGAAAACCUGGGCACUGGGCUAUUAAAUGUGAAGGAAGAGGAUGAGGCAGAUGACGACAUGAAUAGUUAUCAGACUGAAAUACAUUGGUCCCUCCCUGCCGAUGACGAUAACGCUGAUAUAUUGAAAGUUGAGAUAACAGAAGAGAUGGAAUCACCAGAUGUGGAAACCAGUGAGAGUAUCAGCUCAUGCCAUAUGGAUAUGACGUCUUCAGAGGGCUCAGCUGUUGAGUGCAGAGGAGAACCGUAUGUGUUUGAUCAUGUGAAGACUGAGGAGGAUGAAGUUCCUAUAACUAUGGCUACAGGUGAUUUUAAGACUGAAGUUACACUUAAUGCUGAACAAACAAAUGAUCUGUAUGUAAAGAGUCAGCAGGAAGCUGUGAAGCAGGAAAUCAGUGACAAUAUCAGUACAGGUAAUGUUAAGACUGAAGUCACACUUUAUACUGAACAGACUAAUGACCUGGAAGAUCUGAAGCAGGAAAUCAGUUACAAUAUCAGUACAGGUGAUGUUAAGACUGAAGUUGCACUUAAUAUUGAACAAACAAAUUAUCUGUAUGUAAAUAGUCAGCGGGAAGCUGUGAAGCAGGAAAUCAGUGACAAUAUCAGUACAGGUGACUUUACAAACUGCAGUAAUCCUAGUCCUAGCCAUCAUGAAAAUACAGAUACUUGUUUCAAUCUUCUUCAAAUUCAAAGAAGCAACGUGGAAAAUUUAUGUUCUGAAUAUGGGAUUUUUUUUACCAGGAAAUCAAAUCUUUUAAGACAUCAGAAAAGUCAUAAAAGAGAGAAAGCAUUUUCAUGUGUUGAAUGUGGAAAAUGUUUUAUUAGGAAAUCAUAUCUUAUUUAUCAUCAGAAAAUUCAUACAGGAGAGAAACCAUUUUCAUGUGCUGAAUGUGGGAAAUGUUUUGCUCGGAAAUCACAUCUUAUUGGCCAUCAAAAAAUUCAUACAGGAGAGAAAAUAUUUUCAUGUUCUCAAUGUGGAAAGUGUUUUAAUGACAGAUCAAAUCUUCUUUGCCAUCUGAAAAAGCAUACAGGCGAGAAAGCCUUUUCAUGUUCUGAAUGUGGGAAGUGUUUUAAUGUCAAAUCAACUCUUAUUAGACAUCAGAAAAUCCAUACAGGAGAGAAAGCCUUUUCAUGUUCUGAAUGUGGGAAGUGUUUUAUUGACAAAUCAACUCUUAGUAGACAUCAUAAAAGUCAUACAGGAGUGAAAGCAUUUCCAUGUGCUGAAUGUGGGAAGUGUUUUGGCAGGAAAUCACAUCUUAUUACACAUCAGAAAAUUCAUACAGGAGAGAAAGCCUUUUCAUGUUCUGAAUGUGGGAAAUGUUUUACUGAGAAGUCACAUCUUACUACACAUCAGAAAGUUCAUACAGGGGAGAAAGCAUUUUCAUGUUCUGAAUGUGGGAAAUGUUUUAGUGAGAAGUCGCAUCUUAUUGCACAUCAGAAAAUUCAUACAGGAGAGAAAUCCUUUUCAUGUGCUGAAUGUGGGAAAUGUUUUACUAGGAAAUCAACUCUUAUUACACAUCAGAAAAAUCAUACAGGAGAUAAAGCAUUUGCAUGUUCUGAAUGUGGGAAGUGUUUUACUGAAGAAUCAAAUCUUAGUAAACAUCAAAAAAUUCAUACAGGACAGAAAGCAUUUUCAUGUUCUGAAUGUGGGAAGUGUUUUACUAAGAAAUCAAUUCUUAUUACACAUCAGAGAAUUCAUACAGGAGAGAAAUUUGCAUGUUCUGAAUGUGGAAAGUGUUUUACUGACAAAUCAAAUCUUAGUAGACAUCGGAAAAUUCAUAUGGGAGAGAAGGCAUUUUCAUGUAUCUGAAUGUGGAAAGUGAUUUACUGAGAAAUCGACUCUUAUUACAUUAUCAGAGAAUUCAUACAGGAGAAAAGCAUUUUCAUAUUCUGGAUGUCAAAAAAGUUUUACUAAGAAGUUACAAUUUAAUGCGCAUCAGAACAUUAAUAUAGGAGAGAAAGCAUUUGCACAAAGCAAACACCUAUGUUAAGCCCUUGUCUGGUUUAGGAUAGUCCCCCCUAGCUGAAUAAAAUGCAUACUGCUGAAUUAAUAAAACAUUUUUUCUUCUGA